AUGCCGUUCCAGCAGGGCUCUGCCCGCAGCCGGCAGCGCACCGUCCUGCUGGCCGGGAUGGUGGUCCUGCUGGCCGCCCUCGUCCUCGCCGUCCUGCUGGCCACCCUGCUGACCCGCGGGAGGCAAGGGGUCAGUCCGCAGAUGCUGAAGUGGAAGGACAGAGGGACCACUAAGAAUCUGCAAGAAGUCAUCCUGGGAAGAUGCUACAACUACGUCAUGGCACGGGUCCCUGAGCUGGGAGAUAAAGAUUGCCUAAAAAUAUGGGAAUCAUUAAAACAUGCAUUCAUGUACAAGAAUCCCUGUAAUAUCACAUCAGAAGAUUAUCAGCCUUUAAUGGAGUUAGGAAGUCAUCCUAUACCCUGUAACAAGUCACUGUUCUGGAGCAAGACAAAUGACCUCGUUCAUCGUUAUACAAAAUCCAACCAAAAUUUCCUUACCUUGGAAGACACCUUGUUGGGUUACAUGGCUGAUAGGGUUUCAUGGUGUGGAGACCCCUCUGCCCCAGGAAUCAACUAUGAGUCUUGUCCAAAACGAAGUGAAUGUGAGAGCAAUCCUAGCUCUGUAUUCUGGAAAAUGGCAUCCAAGAUGUUUGCAGAAGCAGCAUGUGGUGUGGUCCAGGUGAUGCUCAAUGGAUCAAUAGAAGCUGGAGCUUUCAGAAACAGCAGCAUUUUUGGAAGUAUUGAGGUCUUUAACCUAAAUCCAGACAAAGUAUCUGCAGUACACAUUUGGGUGAUGCAUGAUAUUGGUGGCCCUCAAAGUGAAUCCUGCUCAGGUCAUUCCAUAAAGAUGUUAAAAAGCAUCUUAGAAGAGCGGAACUUUAAGAUCACCUGUGAAGACAAUUACAGGCCAGUUCAGCUCCUUCAGUGUGUGAACAGCCCUGACCACACAGACUGCAGGCUUUGCACCAACACCACAGCAACUCCAUAAACGGAGCGCUUGGCACUAUUGAAGA